CACAAACGUGAUUAUUGCAUGUAGGUUGCGUGUACAUGUGUUCACGUUGAGUCCAUCAACUUGUAGGACAUUCCUUAAGGUUUUGAACAUUAUGUGUAGUGUACAAGAGGGAGAAUCGGACGGUCCAUUACAGAAAGAAAAAGUCAGCCCAGGAAGAAAAUGCAUGAAGUGUCGCACAGAAAAUGCUAUCUUGAUCAUUAGAGUGAAUGACGCCUUUUGCAAGGCCUGCUUUAUGGUGUAUGUGACACAUAAGUUCAGAGCCACCAUUGGGAAGUCUAAGCUUGUGCGUGACGGAGAAAAGGUCCUGGUGGCCUAUUCUGGGGGUCCCUCAUCUAGCUGUCUGCUUCACCUCAUCACAGAGGGAUUAAGUGAAAGGGCACACAAGAAAUUACGCUUCAAACCUGGGAUCAUCUUUAUAGAUGAGAGUGCCGUAUUGGAUAACCUCAUAGAGGAUGGAGGGACUGCCAAGGACAGGAUAGCGGAGUUGAUGGUAGACGUGGGCUACCCUUGUCAGACCCGACGCCUCGAGGAGGCUAUAUGUCUAGACCAAGGUGGACACUUGUCUGAAGCUGACCUGUCCAGCCUGACAGAAUCUUACCAGGCCAGUGUUUGUACCUCUGACCCCGCGAGUCCAGACGACAACCUAAACAAAGCAAGAGUUGAGAUCAAGGCAUUGUUUUCCUCCAUCAAAUCUCUCACAGCCAGAGAGGACAUGCUCAACAAAUUAAGACAGAGGCUACUGAUGGAGGUUGCCCAUGUUCAAGGUUACUCCAAGGUCAUGACUGGUCACUGUGGGACUCGGCUGGCUGUGAACCUUCUGUCAAAUAUAUCACAGGGAAGGGGCGCACAUGUCGCUAUGGAUACAGCGUUUUCUGAUACCAGAUAUUCUGAUGUCAUGUUUGUUCGACCUAUCAGGGACUUUAGUUCUAAGGAAGUUGCCAUGUACAACUCCCUACAUGGUGUGGAGUCUGUGUUCUUACCGACGCUAACAACCAAGACACAUGAAGGGUCGAGCAUUGAACACCUGACCGAGGCGUUUGUGACAGGACUUCAGACCGACUACCCCUCCACCGUCAGCAACAUCAUGAGGACGGGAGAGAAGUUAAGUACAGAGAAAAGGGAUGGAGAAAACAGCAACUGUGCAUUGUGUCAGGGUCCUCUGGAUACAGAUGUUGGUGCCUCGUCAGCACUGAAUGCAGUAGAGUUCUCAUCUCUAAUCUCCAAGAAGAAAAACGGCAGGGUCGAUGGAUGUGGAGAUAGUGCCACCUGUUGUGGGGAGGGAGAUGGUAGCUGUCACACACAGUCUGAGGGUUUGAAGAAGGACGAAGUGAUGUCAGUGUUGUGCUACGGUUGUCGAAUGACAACAAAAGACAUGGCAGACCCUACAGCACUGCCAGAAAAACUUUUCAGACAGAUUUCAUAUAGAAUACGCAGGUCCAAAAUGAAAGAAGAUAUUCAAGAUUUUCUUCUUGAUCCAGAAAACAGUUGAUGAAGAUUUUGAUGAAAAAAUGACUAAUUUUAAUUAGGAAGACAUAUGAGUAAAUUCUACAAAAAAGUAAAGAAUGUCACUGGAGGCACAGUUGUCUAUUGGUAGGAUGCUGGGCUCGUUACCGAAGGGUUGCGUGUUGGAGUCACGGCACGGCACUGUGUUGUAUAUUUGAGCAAGAUACUUUACUCCGC